AUGUAUGUCUGUCUUUCUUCUCUAUGUAUGUCUUUCUUACUUCCGCCCUGUCUUUCUCCUGACUCUCUUUCAUCCUUCCCUCUGUUAGUCUUCCUAAAUGUAUGUCUGUCUUUUCUUCUCUAUGUAUGUCUUUCUUACUUCCGUCUUCUUCUAAAUGUAUAUCUGUCUUUCUUCUAUAUGUAUGUCUUUCUUACUUCCGUCUGUUUUUCUCGUGACUCUCUUUCAUCCUUCCCUCUUCUUCUAAAUGUAUGUCUGUCUUUCUUCUCUAUGUAUGUCUUUCUUACUUCCGUCUGUCUUUCUCCUGACUCUCUUUCAUCCUUCCCUCUUCUUCUAAAUGUCUGUCUGUCUGUCUUUCUUCUCUUGUCUUCACUCGUCUGUCUUUCUCGUGACUCUUCAUCCUUCCCUCUUGACUCUCUUUCAUCCCUUCACUCUGUUAGUCUUCUAAAUGUAUGUCUGUCUUUCUUCUCAAUGUAUGUCUUUCUUACUUCCGCCUGUUUUUCUCCUGUCUCUCUUUCAUCCUUCCUCUGUUAG